GCCCUGGUAGCAAGACCCUAAGAAAAAAGCUACAAGAGAAAAAGCACUAGGGUAAAGUGCUGUCUGAAAGAGGCUUAGUUUUCUGUCUCAGAGUUACAUCUCCUGCUGUUUGAUUUUUACUGUGUUCAAAGAAACAGGACUUUGUAAAUAAAGAAGAUUGCCUCAAAGAACUACCUGACUAGGAGCUUGCUCAAGGCAAUCUGCUACCCUAGACAGCAAUUCAGUAUGCCAUUCCCCAUGCCACUCAAAUUUGGCCAGUUGGCUGCCCUUCUUCUGUCACAAGAGAAAGGCAGCUGGGCCAAGUCGGCUGCCUUUGGCAGCUGCUUGUGGCUGGAAGACCUCUGACUUGAUUCCACCCUGAUUGCCUCCUCCUAAUGGAAACAACCUGCUAGAUCCUGAAAAUUAGCUCACCUUUCAGGUCAAAACAGGAUUACCACAGUGCUGCAGGCUGGGUAGGCUAGUAGAACACAACCAGGUGAGCUUCCUGGCAGGGGAGGUGCCCUACGCACGUAAGCGCCCCCAAGAAGAAGCUGCUUGUUUUGUGUGCCCUUAAAGGUCCUGUUCUGCUUUGUGCCUUAGGACUCUUGCGCAGGUCCCAUCCGAAGCUUGUCUUGCCGGAGCUGAAGGCCAGUCAGGCCUAGGUAGGACAGUGGGAUCAGCGCUAGAGAUUUCAGGUUCUUCCAGCUUGGCGUGUAUGGGAGCUGCAGGGACGCGGCGGCGGGUUUCUCCCGCUAUCUCCCGGAGGAAAACUCCUGAAGCCGCUGGGUGGUUACAGCGGGAAUGAAACGCCGCCGGGGGGGGCGGACGCACGGGCAGGAGGCGGCGAUUCCCGCCAGGGCGGGAGGGGGCGCUCGGCUCGGCUCGGCUCGGCUCGCUGCUUCUACUGGGCAGGCCGCUGGCUGAAGAAGCGGGAGCAGGGAGCGACGCGCUCGCCGCCUUAGAGUUGCCUGGCCGCCCACGCGGAGUCUCGCGGCCUGCGCCGCCCUUCUCCCGCGCGCCGUGGAUGCCCGCUCGGGCUACAGUCAGCGCGCGCUGCCUAGCUGAAGCCCUGGCCAGAAAUUCCGUUGGUCGGUUUGCCCUUUGGGCUUGAGUCCGGCGCCCCCUCCCGGCUCCUUUUUCGGCGAGUCACACCAACGUCCCCCCCCCCCCCGUGCCGGGGGCUGUGUGGGGGUGAGCGGUGGGACUGUGGGGGCCGUACGCUAUGGGGGUGACUGGUGGAGCAGAGGCCGCAUGGUAUGAGGGUGGCAAUGGGAGGCAGGCAGUGUGUAGGGCAGUGGCAGGUGGGUGGACCCCGUGGUAGUCCCUGCGGGGUGGGCGCUGGUUUGGGGGGAGGAGGCUCGGGCUGGGCAGAGCUGAGUGACGGGGGCGCACGGGUGGAAUGGGCUGGGCAAGAGGCGAACGUGUGUGCAGCAGGGGGGAGGUGACCCACGAAGACGCAGCGAAUCGCCCUUUGCCCCCACGCGUUUUCAUCCAGUCUAGGUGUCUGUGCGGGUCUUAUGAGUCCGCUAAGUUGCACAGACACAAAAUUUGACGCUUACUUCUGACGACUUCCCACGGCUUCUUCUCGAGAACGACGUGCCAUCUAAUGGAUCGUAUACCGUAUGUUUAAUAGUAGCGCUGCUGCUUGGAAGUGGCAGAUUGCAGAGAGUGGUUGUUUCAUGUCUAAGUCUAAAAUAAAGGGAAGAAGAUAUUCCGUUGAUUAUAAUGGAACAGUGCAUCUUUAUGGUACUUUUAAAAACUCCGUUCCCUACCACCUCAUAACUAAACAAUUACAUUUCUUACAGGGCUAUCUCUAGGUGUUUUGCUGGCCAGGGAGGAAAACGUUUUCAGCACCACCCUAGGGCCCCCAUCCUGGGAGCAACAGAGCAAAGAAAAAAACAAAACCAGCCAGACAAUCAGCAAUGGCACAGCAAAACAAAACAACCCCCCAAAAAGCCCAACAACAAAAGCUGAACAGCACAAUGGUGUGGUGCUGCCCUAGAAAAAGGUGGUGCUCGGGGCCCACACCCUGCUUGACUGCCUCUAAACUGAUAGUUAUUUCUUGGGGAACUCAUUGCCCCAUUGAAAUUAAUAGCAAAACUCCCACUGACUUCGUUCCUUGUAGUAGUCACAAUCCAAAGUUCUGAAAAUAUUGUUUUGAACAUGUCAGCAAAAUUGAAUGAACGUUGUUGUGAAUUAAAAUACGUGGCUUUUUAAAAUAGUGAAGAGACCAUGUAUAGAAAAUUUCAGUCUAAACACUUAAAGUAUGGCAAACUUAUAAACUUGAAAACAGGGGUGUAUAGUUAGAAGCAUUAGCUUUAUUAUACAGAUUGCUACAGACUCUUACAUUAUAGUAUUUCCUAAUUGGGAAUAUUAAGCAGCCUGUUUGUAGCUUUGUCUUUUGGCGCAUUAGAUUCAAAAUCAGAAAAGAAUGGCAGUGUAGUUGCUAUCAUUGUCUUGCAAGUGGAGAGUUUAACUUCAACCAUCUGAUGGGAUUUAAUAGGCAAGGCUGUUGUCUGUAUUUGGUAAAUCUCAUUAUUCCUUUUAAACAGACAUGCCUAUUCCUACAAUUGAAGGUAGGUUCAUGCUGAAACAAGUGUUAAUUAUAGAACACUUUUACUUUGUUCUUUGUAUUUUGAAAUAUAAAACAUUAGUAAUUAGCACCUAUGCAUCUGUCUGUAGUAUAAAAUUAUUUAUUCAUACUCGAAACGUUUUACUAACAAUUUUUAUUACUUGCAGCACAACAUUUACAUUCACGAGUUUUGACUAGAUAUCAUGCUAUAGCAGACUGGAAAAAUGUUUUCUACUUUGAGAGUUUGUGCAAUUCUGUCUUCAUGCAACACCACAGUAAUACAAAGGAGUGAAGAAUUCUACUUUCACACAGAGACAUCUGAUUUAUUAAUUAGAGAGAUACAGAAUAGGAAUAUCGUUGAAACCCAGAUUGAUUUAGGGAAUUUUACAAGUAUGGCAGUUUUUACAGGCGAUGAUCUGGAAAGAUUCUUGCAAAUUAAAUUUUCAUAAGUUUUUAUGAUACCAGCAGAUAAGCAUGGAAUGUGUGGGCUUCUGCACCAAAUUAAUCCAGCGGUAAACCUUGUGCUAAAGAAAAUUCAGUCUUUUUGGAGGAAAUAGUACUCUGAAAAAUAAAUUAGAGCUAGACAACAAAACACACAGGGUUCAUAAGGCAUUACAGUAUUUCCACCCUGCAAUUAGUAUUCAUGCUUAUUAUUAUUAUUGUACUUAGGGCAGUGGCUUUUGAAUACAAAGAUUUUAGCAGAAAUUAAGAUCUGAUUCUGCACCAUUGAAGUCAAUGUGAGUUGUCAGUGUGGUCCCUUACUUAACAUUCUGCUUUGUCUUGCCUCAAUUUUCCUUCUUUCUCUCUGUGUCCAUCAGUUUUUCUGUGUAGUGCAAAAGUGGGACGAGAAGGAAGAUAGGCAUUUGAAUUUUGGUUCAAUACAAUAAUUAGACAAAUAGUCAGUUUAGUACUUUUAAGGAUUUAAUUUUUUUAAAAGAAUGUGUGUGUGUUUUCUUGCCCUCCUUUGUCUUUAACCAGUUAGAUGAUGAGCUGUUGCAGGCAGAAACCUAGCUUAUUUGAUGCCUGUAAACCAUCUGUCAGAGUUUUGGAUGUGUGUUCUGUGUAAGCAAUAUGAAUCACAAAUUAGAUAAACUAAUAUUACCCCUCACAAGAUGGUAGGUAGCUUUGGCUCCAUUUUUUAGGCAAAUAAUAUGUCUUUUAAAGGUAUUGCCAUCUUUUUACAAUUACUAGAAUUUCUUUAAGGAAAUCUUAAAAUAGAGGUGAUGCAGAAAAGUGUAACAACCUUCUUUGGCAAAUUAUUCUAUUGUUUGACUGACCUCACUGUCAGAAUUUUUUUCUGCUGUCUAAUUACAUUUGUUUUUUCUUAAAACAGUACCCUUAUUUACUUAAGUAAUUAUUUUUUUCUUUUAUGAUAGUUAUAUCAACUGCAGUCAUUUUAUCUCUCAUUUUUUCUCUUAAGCUGUCUUUUUUUUUAGGUCAUACACUCUGAGCCUUUCAGCAUUUUUUGUGGUUGCUCUUGUCGUUUCCAGCAGCAAAUUACUCUCUAAUAACAUGCACACACAAAUAAGGUGCCCUUCUUUAACAUGAUAGUUAAAUUCCCAGAAUUUGAUAAGUGUAACAUCCUGAACCAACAGCAUUGUCUUUACUUAGGUCUAAUGCUCUAAAUCAAUCAGUGUCCAAAUCUACCUAUUCAGCAGGCCAAAUAUAGAACAAGAGCUCGUCUUUCACUUAUCUGAGUACUUAGACUUUGAAAUUUAGCUCACUUUUCAGCCACAGGGCUCAAAUUUACUUGCCCAAAUUUAGGCUGUUCCCACUUUGUAUCUCGUACUGAGUUUUUCCUUUGUCACAAAACGUAGGUGAAGUCUUACGGAUGGCUGAAUGGAAGAAGAAUUUCAGAUAUUCUGGGGGGCACUGUUCUGCCUCUUUCCAUAAGUUUCCUCUUGGUGCCAUGAUAGCAGUUGACUUGUGCUACUCAGCAAAUGACAUCCCUUUUUCUGCCCUGGCAGCUCCAACUGGCCUGUUUCUCCCUUUCUUAAUCGGCAGACUCCAGUUAGGUGAUACAAGAUUUUGUUGACUUUAACUCCUCAGAGGGCAAUCCUCAUUAACCAUUCUUGUCUACUUUGCAGUGAUCAAAUUCUUGAAUCAGUUUCUCAGUUGAUUCUAGGUACUGAUGGGUCCUCAGAAGAGGGGACUUGUAAGCUGUUCUUUGGAAUAGACACGUUAUGAACUUUGGCAGGCAAUGUGUGCCUGCUCCUGCUGCUUAAACACCUCCCCUUUCAGGGAGCAGAGAGCUUGGUUCCCCAAUAAUAAAUAUCAAGAGAGGCACGUGGCUCAUGCUAGAUCUCACAAGGAGGAUAAGGCCCACCACCCCAGGAAGUAUAGACAGGAGAGUAAGGAAGCCACCAUCUCCUCCACAGCUGGACCUGGAAGAAGGUUGGUCUCUGGAGGGGCCCCUCAUCCUGAGGAAUGAAUUGAUAAAGACAAAAAAUAAUAAUCCUGAUUGGUGCUUCUUGAGUUUUAACAUAUCCUGAUUGACCUGAUUUUGGUCCUUUCUUGUUGUUUGAAGUGUCUCUGCCGCCUCUUGCCAUGAGAAAAGCGCGGUGAAAACUUUGACAUCUUCGCUAACCUGACAUUAUAUGCACAAGGAUCUUUUGCCUAUCUGAGAAGAGAGUAAUUUAAGCUGAAAUAAUAUCACCACCGUUCAUUAUAUAACUGGCUUUAACAGUGCUUUUUUCCUCCACUUAAGUUUUCUUUUUUGGUUUAACAAAAUCAAAAACUUUGUAAGUAAGCUAAGAACAUUUUCGUUGCAACCAUGUUAAUUCUUCCAUCAUUCAAAAAACAAAAUUGCAUUUGUAACUUGCAGUUUUCCUACACGCUUGAAUUCAUGAAGUAGAAGGUUGUUACUCAGUGUUAACCUUAGCCAGUGAAAUGGACAGGAGAUCAAAUGUGUUUACUAUGGAAUGCCCAGGGAAUCACAACUAUAAUAUUCAAAAAUAAGGGUGGAUCAGAGUCAAAUCAUGAACCUUAGCCUUCUCUGAAUUAAUUUAGGAAUAUACAGUCUAAGUACGACUAUGGAACAACAGCUAAGUUGAACUAGCAGUCUUGCUCUUUUAAAGCUUCAAAUUCUUUGUAGAGAUCUUUGAAAGGUGAUCAAGAAAGCUGUCAGCAUCAUGGUGUUGCCUUCUUAUUCUCCAGUCUAUAGUUUUUUAUGUUCUUACAAGCUAGUAAGAGAAGAGAUGUUGUCUGCCUUCUCCAAAGGAAAAGAAGAAAUGGAUGAGGUCUGAGGAACUUGCUCUUUUUCAGGCUCAUUUCACUUGAAAAGUAGGACAAGUUCUGUCAAAAAUCUUCCAACUAUCUUCCCAGUCAAACCAUUCUAUUGAAGAAUUCCAUGGCUGGGCCUCUGGGCUCCUACCUUUGUAGCUCAAAAGUAGAGUCAACAUUAUGUAUUUCUCAUCAACACGACCUCUGUUUUUGGUUUCUAUUUUGUUUAGAAUGUCCUGGGAAUUUCAGUGUUUCCUCCAAAAAUACACAAGUGAAAAUCAGUGUAAAAAUUAGCUUCACAGUGUUUGGGGUAAAUAUUGAGAUUAAUAUUUUGGGACAAGAGGACAGAAAAGAGCAACAGAGAGGAAAGUAAGAAUAUUGAAAAUAAAAGCAGUUUAAUGCUGUGGUUUAUUUCUGGCACUGUGUAUUAACAAUAGGUAUACAUAUGUGCAUGCAUGUGUCUAUAUCUUCCCCUCCAUUGCCUUACGUUUGACAGACAGCCUUUAAAUUUACACUUAGACUAAUUAUUAUUAACAUAAGCACAUCCCAUAAUUAAUGUAUGGAUUUUCUUAACAUAAUCGGGAUUUUUAUGAACUUGAAAUGGUAUAAAAUGCAGGUGCACAAUCAAUAAAAACUGACUAAUACCCUUUGUAAAACCUGAGCGUUUUUCAGUUAAAAACUGAAACAAGGGCCUUACUCAUUGAACAUCUGGGUACUUCAAGUGAUAUGAGAGGCUUUAGGCUUUAUUCUAGUUCAAAGACACAUCCUGACUCCUCCGAUUCUUUUUAGUGCCUAGCUUUGGAGCAGGUAUCUCAAGCCAAGAAAAUCAACUUCUUUUCUACUGACUAUAGCAGAAUAAGAUUUCUCUUCCUACUACUUCCUGAUAAGAUGAUAGGACCUUCCGACCCAUAAUCAAUCUACAAGUGCUGAACAAAAUGUAUCUGGAGGAUCUGAUUUGAUUUGAGAUUUUCAGUAUUUCUUUUUUGUGAGCAUUGAUGUGCUCCAAAGGUCUUCUCAUAAUACACAUUCCAUGUGACUGAGAGAUGGUCUUUUUGUGCUUCUCACUAGGAACCGACAUUUCCAAUUCUGCACUCUGCCUCUGGACUGGCCUCUGGUCCGUAGGUCAGGCAUCAUAAUAAUUCUGUAUGUUAAAAGUAUUUUUUUCUUUCAAUAAAAGAUAAAAAGAAACCAUAAAAAGUGUAUGCUGCAUCUGGUUAGUAAAGGAGGUGUGUUCAUUCAUGUAUCUUUAUAAUACUAAUUUUCUUACAGGAUGGAUGUGCUUUCAGGCAAAAGCAUAUUUCAACCGGUCUUUUUUAAGAAAACCCACCUCAUGUUUAUUAUGUUUACUUCAGAAUGUUUCCUUUGCAGGAUGGUGAAGAGGAGAUGUACAAUCAGAAAGAAAUAUAUUUGGUUUGGUCAUCCUCUUUUUCUCCUUAUUACUUCCUUGUCUUUAUCCUUGCUUCCUUAUCUUAAGCCUUAGAUGUUUAUUAAUGGAGAAGGAAGCAGUGGGGUUAACUUUGUCUUUUGGCCUCUGUGUUUACUAGUAGAUGGAGACAGAGUGCUGUUUGUUCAGAAUGUUUCCUUCCUUGAAUGGGAAAAGGACAACUCUGGAAAAAGUUUAUUUUUCUUCAUGAGUUGUUAGUUUAUUUUGUUUUGUACUGAUCUGUAUAAUUUUUUUUCUUUUACAUUUCAGAAUAAAUAAAAUUACCAAAAUUGAUCCUUAGAAGACUGGAAAAAUCUGGAGGUUUUGCUAUGGAUACUAUAAAUGAAAACCUUUAUCUAGACAAAGUGUGGGUUCAAUGUGAGAUUGGCAGUUGUUUGAAGUGGAGACUGCUAUCAAGUGAUGAUGCUGCACAAGUUGAUCACAGUGAGCCAUGGUACUGUUAUAUGAAUACUGACCCAUGGUUUAAUUGUUGUGUUUCUGAAGAAUAUUUUCCUGAAGAGUCUGAGUUUAAUAAAAAGGGAUUGAAAUACGUCUACUCAGACAUUCCUAUAGGAAGUCUAGUUUUAAUAAAAAUGACGGUUUGGACGAGAUGGCCUGGCAUACUUUGUCCUGAUCCUCUUAAUGGACAAUAUGUGACACAUGACUUGGAUGGAUAUGUUGAAAGCAAUCAUGUAGAAUUCUUAGGUGAUCCCCAUUCCAGAGGAUGGGUUGCUGUGAAAUAUAUUAGCUGUUACCCUAGCUCAAUUAAGCCAGAACAAUGCAAGAAAAAGAAAUGGUAUAAGAGUGCAUUGGAAGAAGCAAACAAAUUACUUGCAUUUUCUGCUCCGCAAAGACUUGAAAUGUGCCAGCUAUCAGAAAAUGGAGCAGGAGUGUUAGAGGAUAAAACAGAAGCCAGCAAUGACACAAUAGUAUCCAAGAGAAGAAUAAAAGCUCAGAAAAAGCAAGUUGUCAAGAAAAAUAGAAGUGGAAUUCGACAAACAAGAAAGAAAAGUAUGUUAAGAUGCUCUCUUGAAACAAUGGUUUCAGAUGACUUCCUGUCAAAAGAAAAUCUGGUUGUCUCUGAGACAGAAGUUAUAUUAAAAGAUCUUGAACAAAUUCUCAGGCGUGUUGCAGACCCUUUAAAAACAGCUUGUGGGUUGUAUGGAAAUGGAGAGGGAAAAGAUACAGGAGAAAAGGUAACUAAAUGCAGCACAGAGAGUACUGAAGGAAGUCCAAUGGAAAACUACACCCAAGAGGAUUGUAUUAUUAUUGAUGGGAUAGCUUUCAGGUUUGGGGAGUGUAUUGAGAACAUAACCAACAAGUUUAAAGAAAUAGAUUCUUUAAUGGCUGAAUUCCAAGAUAGCUUGUAGCCAUUAAAAAAGAAAAAAGGAACCACUCUAUCCACUUUUCUAUUUAGUCAUAGAUUCUUAAGUGAAUAAUUUGCAUAGUU